CAGAAAUUUAUCCUCUAUCUCAAUACCAGAUUUCGUUUCACGACGCAAUGGCGCCCUUCAAACAAGAAUCAACCUUACGGAAAGUGAACUCUGUAUCUGGUUGGCCCAAUGAUCGUAGACAGUGCCUGUGGGAUUACUUGAAUUGCGGGACAUUAGACAAUGCAUCACCAUCAGCUAGUGCCGGUAGCUUAACGUAAGUCAAAUAUCCAGAAAUAAAGUGGAAACACGCAAUCAGCCUUCCAGAACGUAGGAUACCGGAAAAGGGUCCGAAACCGCUUUGGUCUUCCAGCCAUUUGCCAGUGAAACAAGCCAUGGCCGCCUCACGUCCUUUCCCAUUGGCACCAUCAUCACCCCACCAACUCCUAACACCCCCUCACUCCCCUCGUACCACUUGAACUCUGACAUCCCAUCCACCAAACGCCUGCGGUGCUGUACCCCUUCAAUUCGCCUCCUUCAGUUUUCAGAUACUCGAGCACUUGUACUUACCUCGGAGAUUAUGAGUUCAGCUACUACCGACUCUUUGUCAUCAGCUAUCAAUCAAUAGUCUCGCACAAACAUUCCAGUUAUGAAUCCACUUUCCCAAUACCGUGCUCUAUUUCCAAUGCCGGUCCUGCAUGAUACCCGCAUCUCUGUCCCUCCAUCCAUCCAUCCAUCCAUCCGUCCAGAACCCCCAUCACCUCGUAUUCGAUCAAAUGAUCAACAGCAACAUUUUCACCUACCAACCAACCAAUCAACCCACCCCAAUCCACCGAACGUUAUCCAAGAAAUGCACUGCCCUGUUGCACACUUCCCCCGUUGGGCAGAGACAUACACCGUAACACAUAUCGGAAUCCAUACAUCACCCAACCCCAGUAAUUGGAGACUUUGAGAAAGGGCCCUACAUGUGAGGCAAAUGCGGCUCUGGGCCAACCAAAUCGCUUGGACUUGGCUCUGGACGGGAAAUGGCAAAGUCUCUAAAAAAAAAUAGAAAUGCACGGGAUGGGACACGGAAAAAAACCACUAAAUUAACUUGGAGGAGGUGAUGAAGGUGAAACAAAGGACCCCCGGGCACAAUAGCUCGGGAAACUCGGGUGAUGAGCUAUGGUAAGAGCACUUGAGGAAUGGAAGAGGAUUGUUGCGCCUAAGGGUACGCUACCGGUGGAUAGUCGGGUUCGCAAGGCAGAGUCUUCAAGAAAGUCGGGGGCCGGGGGGCGUGUGUGUGGGGGGGGAUGAGAUGUUAUUCGGGCGUUCGGCUAUUCAUGGCAAGGAUUUUUGUGUCUUUUUUCUUUUUGCUCAGCGGACAAUUCGGUAUCGGUAGCGGAGAUAAAUGUUACACAAGAAGGAGGCACAGCCUGAAUGACGACUAUCGGGGGGUCAGAGGUAUCACAGUGGACCACCAUAGGUAGGGUUAAGCUUCUGGGUGAACGAGUUAGAGUUAGAUAUGUUCAGUUCUUUUGGUGCUCCAAUUCUGAGCCGGCGGGUCGGGGAGCAGGCAUCAUAGCACAUAUCUACGAAGCGAUCAACGGGGGGGGGGCUCUACUCCAGACAAGAUAUAUAUUGUGAGAUUCUUUCCCCGCUCUUACAUAUUUCUGUGUGAUACUUCGGUGCCGGCAGCUCAUUUCAGUGUCAUAGCUCAGGACUUUAUCGAAAAUGUCAGUAACAGUUACAGAAGUUCCUGACAUUGCAGCGGCUUCUGAUAUAUCUUCGUCGCAAAAUCCUUAUCGCCUGUCACAUUGUGUCAGGUCCGAAGUGUCAAUUACUCUUGCGAUCAUUCCACCCUCGCGACCAAUAACUCCCCAACCAGAGGAUGAACAGCCACCGUCUGCUUGCCCCUACCGGACCCUCUCUCCAACCUCACCAACCACACGUACCCGUAGCGGUUCAAUAGCAUCCUCCCUUGACGCAGCAAGCGACGAUGAACCGUGCUUGAAUUCGGCCGCGACUUCAGUCACCGAUAUCUCACUUGCUUCGAAUAUCAGCGACAUCGUGUCUCCGGAUACAACCAUCUACCACAUCUACCGCAACGGCAGCGCACACAAUAACUUUAGUAUCCACACGGUCAAGGAUUCGAACCUAAAAGAGACAUUGCAAGAGCCCGAUGGCCCUCCAAUCAUCAUCGACAGGGGCGAACCAAUCUCAACCCGCAUCAAAAAGUAUAAGAAUCGGAAGUCCAAGUUGCCAGCGAAGGAGGUGAAGGUCGAAGAUCCAGAGACGGACCCACGUAAAGCCACCUACUACAUGCAUUCCCCGUUAAUAUAUUGGCAUUGCCCAGCACAAACUCUGCGUUUCGGGCACAAGAAGACGGCGCCGAUAGUCUGCUUGGUGAACGGAGGUUGGUUCUGGAGGACCUGGAGAAUGGAUUUUGUUGUCCCAGAGAAGGAAUUGAAGAAGUCGGCGAAGCAAAACCGCAUCGAUAGUGGCUUCGCCGAUGGGGAGGGUAAAGGUAUAUCUGGGAAAGAGUGGAAGAACUUAAAUGACCCGGGUGUCAUCGAUCCACGAGGCGUUCUGGCAUCCAAAUACCCACUCCGACGCUCAGGACAUAGAAAGGGGGAGAGUGGGAAGAAGUAUGUAACCGAGUAUACCAAACGACGAAAAACGACAAAAGCAGCCCCGGACCCGCAGUUAAAGCGGUCAAAAAGCUUUUCCGAUACGGCCCGACGAAUCUUCCGUUUGAAUACUGCUUCGCCCGCCUUAGGGCCUAAGGAUGAAGCAGAUGCUACAGCUAGAUUGAAAACCGAGGGCACAGCAGAGCCUACAACUGAGCCCACAAGGGAAGAGGAAAUCAAGUCGAUGCUCCCAUCCGGCCCUAAGCCGGAAGACCUGCCUGACCACCUAAAGCCUGAGACUUUGGAGGAAGGCAGCCUACUGAUGAAGUGGUCCGGCUGGCUCACCCGAGAAUACAGCUUCAAAUGGAGGGGUAUAGAGUUUGUGUGGAAAGGGACCGGCACGGUCCGGGAUGAGAAGAGGUAUUGGGGCUCCUUGUCCCGAUACAAUCACCUGAAGCUCGUGGUAAAGAUCCCCGAGGAGCCGGAAGAGAAAGUGGAAGAGGAGGUCACCACCGAGACCAAAGACGAUAAAAAGGAGCCCCAAAUUUCAAUACGUCGACAAUCUAGUUUCUCUAGCUUCGUCUCUACAAUCACCCGGAGAAACUCGAACGCUAGCCUAUUGUCCGCUGGCCGCAGCGGAAAGCCAAGAGGCCAUCGUGAGGUCGUGAUCGCGAAAUAUACCUGUUUGCUCGCCCAGAGGAAGUGCGGGAGAUUCGUAAUUUAUGAGAAGGCACUGCGGGAAACGACAUAUUUGACCCUGGAUGGGAAUGAUCCGGAUGUUGCGAGGGAGAGACUCAGACACGUCGUUAUUGCUACGGGGCUUUGCAUGUUGCAGGGCGAGAAGCAAAAACGGGAUACUAUGAAGAAGGUUGCGGAGAUAGGUCUGGGCGAGAUAGCAAAUGUUUCGGGGUAGUUUUUUUCCAUUUACAUUAUGAUAGCAUUAAUUUCAUAUUGGUAUCUGC